AUGUCUAAAAAGGUGAUCAAUGUUCGUGUGACUACUAUGGACGCGGAAUUGGAAUUCGCGAUCCAGCCUAGCACAACUGGAAAACAGUUAUUCGAUCAAGUUGUGAAAACUAUUGGUCUCCGUGAAAUUUGGUAUUUCGGUUUGCAGUAUACAGAUAACAAAGGCUUUCUUACCUGGUUGAAGCUUAAUAAGAAAGUUAUUGUUCAAGAUGUGAAAAAGGAGCCAACUCUUUUAUUUAAAUUCCGUGCAAAGUUCUAUCCUGAAGAUGUUCAAGAAGAGAUAAUUCAAGAUAUAACAUUACGAUUAUUCUAUUUGCAAGUGAAGGAUGCUAUAUUGUCGGAUGAUAUUUAUUGUCCACCGGAGACAUCAGUAUUGCUUGCUUCAUUUGCAAUGCAGGCGAAAUAUGGUGAUUACAUGGCAGAUACUCAUAAAACAGGAUGCCUUACAUCUGAUCGACUUUUACCGCAGAGAGUGAUCGGUCAGUUCAAACUCAGCGCUGAAGAAUGGGAGAAUCGAAUAAUGGUUUGGUGGGCAGAUCAUAAAAAUAUGAAUCGAGAACAAGCAAUGAUGGAAUAUUUAAAAAUAGCACAAGAUCUCGAAAUGUAUGGCGUUAAUUACUUUGAAAUUCGAAACAAGAAAGGAACGGAACUUUAUCUAGGUGUCGAUGCACUCGGACUCAAUAUAUAUGAGAAAGUUGAUCGCCUUACUCCAAAAGUUGGCUUUCCAUGGUCUGAAAUCAGAAAUAUUUCGUUUAAUGAUAAAAAAUUUGUUAUCAAACCAAUUGAUAAGAAAGCAAAUGAUUUUGUUUUUUAUGCGCCUCGAUUGAGAAUAAAUAAACGCAUUUUGGCAUUAUGUAUGGGCAAUCAUGAAUUAUACAUGCGACGAAGGAAACCCGAUACUAUUGAAGUUCAGCAGAUGAAGCAGCAAGCAAAAGAAGAACGUAUGCAAAGGAAGCUCGAGCAGGAGCGUCUGACUAAAGAAAUGACUGCACGUGAAGCAGCGGAGCAAAAGCAAAGGGAAUAUGAAGAAAGAAUGGAACGAAUGAAGGAAGAAGUUGAGAGAGCGCAGCGUGAACUUUCAGAAGCGCAUGAUACGAUUCGUCGUCUUGAACAACAACUUCUCGAAUUACAGGUUGCGAAAGAUCAGCUUCAAUCUAAAGAAAAAGAAUUACGGCAGCUGAUGGAACAAUUACAAACAGAAAGGGAAAUGAGUUCGGAACAGAAAGAACGGUUGGUGGCUGAGAUUCAGAGCAGAGAAAUUCAAGUAGCUGAAAUGAGGCAACAGAUCGAGCUAAGAACUGAAGAAACUAAUCGUCUUCAAAGGCAAAUCGACGAAGCUCGAAUGCGAGAACCGAAUAAACACAUUAAUGCAUUUAACAUAAAGGAAGUCGAUUUAGAUGAAGCUAGUACAGAAAAUGGGCAUAUCGGAACAGAUUUAACGGCUCGUGGUGACGAGAAUGUGCCGCAGAGAGAGCUUGAACGCAGAACAAUGGCUGAUCAGAAUAUUUCUUUAAAGCAUAAACUUGAUGCACUAACUGCUGAUUUAGAGGCAGUAAAGGACGCACAACAAAUCACUGAGUAUGAUCUCCUUCACAUGGAAAAUAAGCGCGCUGGUCGAGAUAAAUAUAAGACUUUACGGCAAAUUCGUGGAGGAAAUACGAAACGAAGAAUUGAUCAGUACGAAAAUAUGUAG